AUGAAUGUCACAUUAAAGAUAGCAAAAAAGCUUCAGAAGAUGAUUGAUAAUGAUACAAUUAACGAUGAGCUAGCAUUGCAAUGCUUGCAUCGUCUACAAGAUACCGAUAUGAAUUUGGACAUUCUCACCAAAACCGGUGUCGGUAUUCUUAUCAAUACUCUCAGAAAAAAGUCCACCAACACUCAGAUAACGACGCUUGGUAAACAACUUAUAAAGCAGUGGAAGAAACUCGUUCCGGGUGAGAUUUUCAAACUGAUCCUUUUCGCAGAUUCAACACCGACAAGUGGAGGGAAGCGAUCCCCACCUGCAUCUGGAGAUGAUUCUUUGCAAUCAGCUCCCUCAGAACCAAAGCGUGUUCGUAGACCGCCGCCGGAUGACGAUGAUCAAAACAGUAAUCACGCCCCGUUCACUUCCAAGCCACCUGAAUCUGAAAACAAGGGUUAUUUUGUGUCUAAAGCUCAUGAUACCGAUGAUGUCGUUCGUCUAAAAGCUCGCGAAAUGAUCAAAAAGGCCCUCGAUAGCAAACCACCACCACCCGGAGCUUUUGAGUCAGGCUACUUAGCAACGGAGAUUGAAAGCGCCAUUUUCAAUAUAUUCAAGGAUAACGGAUCGAAAUAUAAGCAACGUAUUCGAACCCGGGUAAUGAAUCUCAAUGAUGAGAGAAAUCCGGAUCUGCGUCUCAAUGUUUUUAUGGGUCAUGUUAAGCCAGAGCGAUUGGCCAGUAUGACUUCUGAUGAGAUGGCGAGCAAGGAUAUGAAAUUGCUUCGAGAAAAAUUUAUUAAGGAAACCAUUGACGACCACCAAAUGGCGCUUACUAGUGGUACGCAGUCCGACCUUCUCACCUGUGGAAAGUGCAAGCAGAAGAAUUGUACUUAUAAUCAGGUGCAAACGCGAAGUGCUGAUGAACCUAUGACCACUUUUGUGUACUGCAACAACUGUGGCAAUAGAUGGAAGUUUUGCUAA